GCAUAUUUUUAGCACAUGGCGGCGUGCCUGGACAGUGACACAAAAUAGUAGUUAUAUUUUGAUUACUGAAAAGAAUUAUAAUAGAAAUCGUCUUUUUUGUGUUUUUCCCAUUCUGUGCUUCGUCCAGACUUCGGUAAUCAGCCAUCCCUGGUUGAUAGCAAAUUUGUAAAGAUGACUGACGGGCCCCCUUCCCCGAAAAGGGUAAAAACUGAACUGGAUGAUUUGUCAAGUUUGUCGAAAGAAGACCUGGUCUUAAAAUUACAAGAACAGAAUGACUAUAUAAAACAUAUGGAGAUUAAAAAGACUAAAACUCGAGAUGAAGGUUCGGAGGAGGAAGGUAAAGACUCAGACGAUAAAUUAAAACAACAGAGUAUCGAAGCUGCUCGUAGAGAAAAUACUCUAGUGAUGCGCUUGACUAAUAAAGAACAAGAGUUACAAGAUUGUAUGAAUCAAAUACAAGAAAUGAAAGCUGGACAGACAACAAGUAUGGCUCAGUUGCGAACGAUGUUAUUGGACCCUGCUGUAAACCUUGUGUUCCAACGAAUCACGAAAGAGAUGGAUGACUGUAAAGACAAACUGAAGCAAACGCAAAACGAACUUAGCGCUUGGAAAUUCACCCCUGACAGCCAAACGGGUAAACGACUAAUGGUCAAAUGUCGUAUGUUGUUACAAGAAAAUGAAGAGUUGGGGAAGAUGAUAGCGUCUGGUAAAACAGCAAAAUUAGAGGGAGAAAUCGCUUUACAGAAAACCCUAGUUACAGAGAUGAAGAAAGGACAGGAAGAGAUGGACGAGUUUGUGGCUGACCUUGAGGAGGAUGUGGAGGGUAUGCAGAGUAUGAUCUAUGUUCUUCAGCAACAACUUAAAGACACGAAAGAACAACUCACACAAUUACAGACAGAAAACGAACAACUGCGUAAAAAUACAUCAGCCGUCCCUAACGGUAUCACCAUGGAAACAAACAAUACAGUGGUACCCAUGGAAACUAAAUCAUAUACAGACCAAAGUGCGGUUAUUUCCCACAAUUCCAGUCUAACUUCGUGUCCCGAUAAUCAUCUCUCGUCCGCAAAUAAUCUAAUCGCAAAUACAUCAGACACGCCUCAUCGGCCAAUCGUCACACAUGACUCCAUUUCAAGGUCAAAUGAUGGCCUUGUGGUUAAAACAAAAGACAGAGGAUUAGUUGAUUAUUCAGGUAAUGGUAACUAUGACAACUAUGACAACAGUGAAAGAGACACUGAAGAAGAAGAAGCCAUGGAAACGGACAAUAUCACCGACUGUAGAAAUGAAUUAAAGCAAAUAGAAUCAGACUCACGAAUAGAACAUAAAAACCACAGGGAGUCCCAGGUAGAGACAGUUGAAACAACUUGUAAUUAUGAUAGUUCGGAUACUUGGAGUCCGCAGCCCUGGAAACUCCAAGAUCCAGACUUGGAAAUAUCAUCUAAAAGUAUCACAAACAAUGCUCAAGACAGUAAAAUAAUCAACGGCAUUGAUAAAUCUGAAAUAACCAAAUCUGAAUCGGAUAACGAUUUGUGAUCAUGGUAACUUAUGGUGCAUUAUGGGAAGGGGGAGCAGUGACCAGGAAUGUUUAAUUCGUUUGUCUUGAAAUAUUUAUGUUUAUUUCUUGCAAGUAGUUUUGAUAUAUAUGUACCAGGAGUAUACGGAAUAUACAAUCUGAUUUAAACACAGAUCUUAUUUCGUUUUGUUUUUAUAGUUCAAAAUUUCGUUUUACUUGUCUUUACUACACAAGGAUCUGGAAGAGUUAUCAUCGAUGUGUUCUGGAUGAUGUGAGGGAUUAGCCAAUGAAACGGUCUGUUAUGACGAGUUCUUGGCCUUUUGAUGCAUGGAACUGUGGGUAAACGAUUAGAAACGUCAACGCUGAUUGAUUAAUCAAUGUCUGACGUCAUAAGGUCAAAAGCCGCUCGUUUGACACCUGACGUGAACUCCCACUAUAACUUGUCAGAUCUUCAUGUAGUGUAGGCCAUCGAAAAUGUAAAAAAACGAAACGAAAUAUUGAUCUGUGUUUUAAUCAGAUUGACUGAAUACACUGAAAAAUUGUCGAAAAUAUAUUAUAGAAUAUUUUCUGCUACUGAAUUACUGAUUGUAAUCAGCUCUAGGCCCAUGUUGCAUCUCCGGGGCAGACAAAGGAAGUGGAGUCUAGCUUUUUACAAAUUGGCAUGCACAUGAAACAAACCUUGGCAGUUGAAGUUCGAAGGAGAUUAGACGGAAAUGUCUCUUGCUAGGACAAAAUUCUUCCCCUUGCAUUAAAUAUAUAAUAAUUAAAAUGAAAAUUACCAAAAGUUUUGUUACCAUAUACAUGUCUUAAAAGUUUUGUGUGGCCAAAAGAUUAAAAAAACUCAUUUCAAUCUGCUUCUAAAUUGGAUUAAAAUGAAUAUGUCAGUAAGCCAUGGAUCCCUUGUCAGUCGUGCAGGACAGAGGGCCUGGCAAGGAUGAAAAACCUAAGCCCUUAAUAAAACUUUUGUUGUUUUAAUGUAUCAAAAACAUCAUUAAGAAACCAUGUGCUAAGUUUUGUGUUUCUGGAUCAAAGAUUUUUCUCAUAAACAGUGAUUGAAAGUUGAGUAAAUUUCUUAACUUAAUUCUGAGAAGGCUUUGUGAACUUGGGGCCUGGUUUACAGACUAUUGAUUAGAACUUGAGCUUAUCUUUAUUCGAAAAUUCAGAUUUAAUGUCCAUAAAAUAAAUGCACAAUUGGAAUCGGCAACCUUAAUGGUUUUAUUUACUUGACUCUUACUUCAUGGAACAGAGGAAAAAUUUAUCAAAAAUUGUAAAUAACAAUUUAUUGUUUAUAUUUUUAAUUGCACAUUGUUUUUGUUGGAUACUGAAAAAGGUUAUUUCCCCAUGUUUUAUCAAUGAGCGUGUUCUGUUGUUUUCUUCGUGCACAUGACGGAAUAAAACUUCCUGGCAAAAUGCCGUCUUUUCGAGAUUUUAGAGAAAUGCAUUUUGUUGUGCACUUAGAAUAUUCCUUUCAGGGCCCUCUGAAUUUAUUGUUUUAUGUUAAAUAUUUGUUAUAAUUUAAAUUGAAUAUAUAUUUUAUUUGAACAAAAAAGCAAAAUAUUAUUAUCCAUGGUCACUGUAUCUCCCCACCCCACCCAUUGAUAAUUCUAAUUAUUCAUUAUGACAUCAAAUGUGCUGAAUUCCAUAUUUGUACAUCAUUUCCAUAUAAGGUAACAAUACAUUAUUUUGUACAGAUAUAAGAGAUUUGUGAUGUGAUCAGAAUUUAAUUCAUUGUUUUAUAAAUAAUUCUCAACUUUAACAAUUCAUCUUUCGUUAACUUUGAAUUGAUCAACAAGGUGAAGUUUAAACAUGCAUUAUGUGAGAUUUAGAUAAGGAGCUGGUCGUUCUUUCUACACUAGUUCAAAAAUAGAGAAUAAGCAAUGAAUAUGUUGAAGAUUUCAGUCAAAUUACUUCAUUCUGGGUCUUUAAGAGUAGGCCAUAGUGCUGCUGCCACGUCAAAAUUUCCCUCAUAACACAUUGCAUGACGUACGCCCAUCUUCAUUAGCCUAGUCAGAUCAGAACAAUAGGACAUUAAACCCCAUUUCAUUUCAUUUGUUGAUGUUUCUCCAACAUCUGUUGUCUAAUCAUCCUGGUAGUGUCACAGUGUGAUAUAUAACAUAUAUCUCACAGUAAUAUCAUUCUAGUUGUAGUGUCACAGUGUGAUAAAGAAUAUAUAUUCUAUAUCAGAGUAAUGUCACGAGUGAGAAAAAUGUAGGUGUAUUGUGAUUUAAAACAUCUACAUAUCUGCCAGCAUGUAGAGUGAUAAUAUAGUAUCUGUUACCAUAGAUCAAUAAAAUAACAAGUGAUAUGAUUUAUAUCAAUAAAAUAACAAGUGAUAUGAUGUAUAAUUAUUAACAUUAUCUCUUACUAUAGUAAUGUCCAAAAGAAAGUGGGGGGUUGGAUGGGCGAAUGGUUAGCAUGUGCGUGCUGUAUCAUGAGGUCUUGUGAUUGAGUCAACUGGUGUGGUUUUGAUUCACCUGUUGUACGUGGCAAGGAGUAGGGUCACCUGUCUAACCUCUAUGGUUUCCUCCCACUGCUAAAGACCUCUAUGCGCUAGCGAAUUAUUGAAAUAAAAUUAAACCAUAUGUUAGUCCCGAAAUGACCUAGUUUGUGUCGAGUGGAGGUUAAACCCCAUUUCUCUCUUUUUUUUUUCGCUUAGAAAUGUUGAGUUUGGAUGCAAGAGACAAGCUUUGUAAUGUUAUAUCAAAUUUUUUUAAAUCUAAACAAAAGUUAGCCAUAUUUUUAGUGUGUAUACUUUCUUUUGGACAUCAGUACAAUGUAUAUAAUUAAUGUUAGACCAAACCAAUUGAAUUUUAUUAGUGUCGAUUAAUUUGUUUUCAUUCCUAGUUUAAAGCCAAACCAAUUUAAUUUUUAGUUCUUCAGGAAUCUUGAUAAAUACACGUGAAUUCUGUUUAGUUUAAAAUUUAAAUAUUUGAAACUAAAAGCUUUCAAACAGCGCACAAGUACUUUGGGUUGUUUUCCCAAAUAAGGGAGCCAGGGUGGCUAAGUGAGUAAGACGUUUACUCGCUAGCCUAGAUGUCGUGGGUUUGCUCCCAGUGUUGGCUGAGAAAGUUCUUCAGGAUUUUCUGGAGUGGUUUCCCCUUGUCAGUGGUGCAGGAGGGCUUGACAUGGACAGCUGUCUAGUCAUCCACAUGGUACGAAAAAAUGAGGUCCCAAGUACACACUGGCGUGCACAUAAAAGAUGCCUUGGAAUUUGAUGUAAGACUAGGAUAUAGUGCUGCUGCCAAAGCAAAAUUUCCCCAUAGCUCACAGGACGUUAAACACCAUUUCAUUUCCUAAGAAAUAAGCAGCUAUAUUUUAACAAGUUUUCACGAAGAACCGGAAAUCAAAUAGGUGUGACCUUAGAAAUAUUCUUUAGUUCAAAACCCCAACAUGACAGAAUACCGGUUAAUAUACAAUCAAAAGUACUUUUAUUUAUUUUUUUUCGUUGCCACUACGUAUUCUUUAUGUAGGGGUUUUGUACUCAAAUAUUCUCAGUUAAACAAUUGUAGUACAUAUUGACUUUUGAGAUAUGUGAACGAACCGAUUUAUUGUGCCUUUAAAUGUUAAAAUCUAAACUCAAACCUCAUUGGUUUGUGAUUUAUCAUGAUUAGCUAUUAUCUUCCUUUCGCUGAGAGCAUGCGAUAUGGAUGGAGUAAGGUAAUCAUAAAUGUACAUUAUUAUUAUUUGUUUUAAAAAUGGGUAUCUUUCCGUAUGCAUGCACAUCAGAUAAAACAAAUUCCACAUCUGUAUGUGACAAAGAGUAGGUUUGCCGCCAAACCUCAUUGGUUUUCUCUAGGUCAAUGGGUUUUUUUCAACUGCUAAAAGACCUGUACCAUAAAA